ACUAAGAAAAUGGCUCCAUUGACUGAAAAGCCUGAAUCGAGACAUAAACAAAAUCCAGAAGUGGAAAAGGCAAGUCGCUCUGCCACAAUGAGCUCUGAACAUGAAGAAAUUGGUGUUGCAAAAACUGUUGUCAAUGGGCUGAGCAGCAAUGGACAAGAAAAAGAAAUGGAUCCCACAAAAGUCUGCAGUGGAAAAGGAGCUGUAACCCUCCGGGCAACUCCAUCCUAUGAAGGGAAUCGGAAUAUCACUUCACCAUGUCCUCAGGAAGUUGAGCAACCUGAAAGUCUGGAGCCAGAAAACUCAGAAACAGAUGAUUGGAGGUCGUCGUCUAACACUGAUGCCAAUGGCGAUGCCCAGCCAUCUUCUCUGGCUGCCAAGGGUUAUAGGAGUGUGCGUCCAAACCUUUCUUCAGACAGCAAGCCACAGGACCCAGGUCCUGUGCUAAAUGAAGUGCCCCAGCCUGGCACUGACUAUCCAGCGUCCAUCACUUCCAUCAGCAAGUCUGCCUCUGCCUAUCCUUCUACCACCAUCGUCAAUCCCACCAUUGUCCUGUUGCAGCACAAUCGAGAACAGCAAAAAAGGCUUAGUAGCCUGGCAGAUUCAGUGUCAGACAGAUUCGUUUCUGAUAAAGUUGAUUCAGCACUUCUACGGGACAAGCCGGCUCAGGAGACUGUGCCAAGUGAGAAGAGGGCAGUGGAGGAAAAGAGAAGCACUGCCAAGAGCCCUCACUACAUGGCUGAUACCUCUGUCGAUGACAUUGGAAUUCCACUGAGGAAUACAGACAGAUCGAAGGACUGGUACAAGACAAUGUUCAAACAGAUCCACAAGCUAAAUAGAGAUGAAGAUUCUGAUUCAUUCUCUCCUCGUUAUUCCUAUUCUGAGGACAGCAGAACCCAAGUUCCCCGCUCCAAGAGUGAGAUGGACAAUAUUGAUUCAGAGAAGGUUAUAAAGAGGUCUGCCACUUUGCCACUGCCAAACCGUACUUCAUCGCUGAAAUCCAGCCCAGAAAGGACUGACUGGGAGCCUCCAGACAAGAAGGUCGACACCAGAAAAUACCGUGCAGAACCCAGGAGCAUUUAUGACUAUCAGCCAGGGAAGUCCUCUGUUCUGAACAACGAAAAGAUGACUCGGGAUAUAAGCCCAGAAGAGAUAGAUUUAAAGAAUGAACCUUGGUAUAAAUUCUUUUCGGAAUUGGAGUUUGGGAAACCGCCUCCAAAAAAGAUUUGGGAUUAUACUCCUGGAGAUUGCUCUAUCCUUACUAGAGAGGAUAGAAAGAGUGAUCUAGAAAAAGACCUCUACCUCUACCAGACUGAGUUAGAGGCAGAUUUAGAAAAAAUGGAGAAGCUUUAUAAAGCACCACAUAAAAAGCCACAGAAGAAUACAGCAGGUGUUACUCCUCUGGAAACUUCCACAGACCAUUCUUCCUACUCCACUUAUUCACCCAGCUACCAUGCAGUGAAGAGGGAGUCAGAGCUAGCUGUGGGGGACCCUGCUGCCUUGGAGAAUGAAAGGCAGAUUUACAAGAGUGUGCUGGAAGGUGGAGAUAUCCCAUUCCAGGGGCUGAGUGGUCUCAAGCGACCUUCGAGCUCUGCUUCCACAAAAGUGGAUCGUAAAGGUGGGAAUGCUCAUAUGACUGCACCCUCUUCAGUUAAUAGCCGAACCUUUAAUGCUAGUCAUACCAGUAUGUUAGGUCACGCAUGUAAACAUAAGAAGCCUUUAUCAGCUGCCAAAGCCUGCAUUACUGAAAUCCUCCCUUCUAAAUUCAAACCCAAACUAGCAGCUCCAGCUGUUUUUGUGCAGGACAAGACGGGUAUCUUGCUGUCUCAUGAGAAAGCUCAAAGCUGCGAAAACCUUCGUAGCUCCACCACCUUGUUUGAUAAUAAAAAGGCUUUCAUGGUAGACAUAGGGGAAAGCAUAGAAAACAUCUUGAUGAAGUCAAAGCAAGAGUAUGCCAUUAAAUCUGGCAGUACCAUGAGCCUGCAGGAGUAUGGUACCAACUCUAGGAAAGGCUACCUGUUCGCUGCCUCCAGAAAGAGUGGGGUGGAGUUUACAACACUCUAUAAAGACAUGCACCAGAUCAACCGGUCCAGGAUCCAUUUGGACACAGUCUCCUCCUGCAGCGUGAAGGAUAUUGCAUCUCAGUUUGAGAAUGAAGCAAAGGACAGGAUGGAGCAGAGCCUUAGUCGAGAGGAUUCAGAGCAGAUCCCCAAAGACACCGUUUCCUCCCGUAUCAGUGCCUUUGAGCAGCUGAUCCAGAGAUCCCGAUCAAUGCCCUCACUUGACUUUUCCAUUGGGCAAAACAAACCCACCACUUCUCUUCAGUCUAAAACUUGUCUGAGUGCUGCAUACUCUGCAGAGAUUCUUCUGGAUUUGUCAAAAGCACACCAAGAAGAGAAAGAUGUUGCCAGCUUUGCAGAUAAAUCCUCCCGCUCCUGCAGCAAUGUGGAAGACACAGCUUCAGAUGUCAGUGAUGUCAUCCCUAUGGACACACUCUCAGCUUGCACUGAUGAGAUAGAUCUUCUCUCAAAUGCCUCCAAUGACAGUGGCAGCAACAGCAGCAACCUGAAUGGGCCUCAGAAGCAUAAAAUCAAUAGAUGCAAAGGCGCAUGCCCAGCUUCCUACACCAGGUUCACUACCAUCCGAAGGCAUGAACAGCAGCAGUCCUCCAGGAACCCUGAUUUCAAAGGGGAUGUCUAUGGGGACAGGCAUAUGCUCCCCAGAAAUGUCUACCUAAUGAGCCCACUCCCAUUCCGAUUGAAAAAGCCCUUCCAACACAAAGCCUGCAGAACUCCGCCCCCAGACUGCCUGGCAAGCCUGGCAGUGCCUAGCCCUGAGAACCCAGACGACCCCAUACAGCUGCAGAGUGUAGGAAACAAGAGUCACCACUCCCAGCACCAACCCUGCUCCAGAAGUGGGCCUCUUGCUCCCAGGCGCCUGUCCUCCUUUGACAUUGUGGAGAGGCUUAGCUACUUCCCCACCAUGGGAUCUAGCCGGGAUAGCUUCAUGGGCCGGGCUGACAUUCCUGACUCCUUAAACAAUGGGAACCCUGUUUCAUAUGCCCUCUGCCACAGCCUGGACACAAACAACAACCCGCAAAGUGAACUUGGGACGUACCUAGGAGAUUCAGAAUCACCAAGGCAUUUUGCACCAGUUGAUUACAUGGAAACUCCAGAGGAAAUUCUCCGCAGGCGGCAUGAUGAUAAAGAGAAACUUUUAGAGGACCAGAGACGGCUUAAACGUGAGCAAGAAGAAGCUGAUAUUGCCGCUAGAAGGCACACAGGGGUUAUUCCAACGCACCAUCAGUUUAUCACUAAUGAACGAUUUGGGGACCUCCUAAAUGUAGACGAUACAGCAAAGAGGAAAUCUGGGUCAGAGAUGAGACCUGCUAGAGCCAAGUUUGACUUUAAAGCACAGACACUAAAGGAACUUCCUCUGCAAAAAGGAGAUAUUGUUUACAUUUACAAGCAGAUUGACCAGAACUGGCUCGAAGGUGAACACCAUGGCAGAGUUGGCAUCUUCCCACGAUCAUACAUAGAGUUCCUUCCACCAGCUGAGAAGGCUCAACCCAAAAAGCCGUUACCAUUGCAAGUAUUGGAAUAUGGAGAUGCAAUUGCUAAGUUCAACUUCAAUGGGGAUACCCAAGUAGAAAUGUCCUUCAGGAAGGGUGAAAGGAUCACGUUGAUUCGACGAGUGGAUGAGAACUGGUAUGAAGGAAGAAUCUCUGGCACCAGUCGCCAAGGCAUCUUCCCCGUCACUUACGUGGAGGUGCUCAAGCGGCCAGUGGUCAAGAAUGCCAUUGACUAUCCUGACCCACCCGUGUCCCUCUCCCCCAGCCGCAGCAUGACAGCUUCACCACAGUCUCCCAGCUCUGAGCUGCUCCAUACUCCAACUCCUCCGCCUUUGCCUUUUGCGCGCCGCGCUUUGUCUCCAGAGGUGCAGGCGGUCACAUCCGAGUGGAUUGCUCUGACCGUGGGAGUGUCUCCCAGCACCACUCCUGCCAUAACUCCUCCAUUGCCUCCUCCGCCUGAAGCCUCCCUCUCUCACACUGACUAUCUCUCGCCUUCUGCUGCAGCCAGCCCUUCCCCCACAGUCAGCCUCCACCAUUCUCAUCUCUCUGGCUCCUCGACUCCCAGGUCCAUUAAAUCCCCAUUGCCCUCUUCCUCAUCCAGACCUCAAUCCUCUGCCCGCAGUUUCUACCAGGCCACUCCACAAAACGAAGAAAAGUUUGUUGACUCCCCUUCUCCCAGCGUGACUAACUCCUCUCGCUGGGCAGUGGAGAGCCCUGAAAGCAUCCUCGCAGAGCAGCGUGACACCACUGCCAGCCAAGCCUGGCUCCCAAAGACAGGAGAGGGCAGCGGCCACCCUGAGCAGAGUGCUCAUGCUGUCCCCAAGAUCUCUGUUGAGCGCUGCCUGAAACCAUCCCAACUAGACAUGCGUGCGAGCCCAGAAAGGAGACCUGUGGGUUCCUCUGAGGACAACCAGUUGUGUCAGGAGCUAAUGGCUAUUGUUCAGGGAGGUAAAACAGAGAAAAGAGACAUGAGGAAAGGUGAUACGGGAAAGUUUCAAAGCGGGGAAAAGAAGACUGCAGACUCAAAAGUAUUCUCUUCAUCUGCUCCUCUCUCUUCCUCUACCCUCUCUUCCUCUACUGUCACAACACAGCCACCUCCCAGACUUACACGCAGAGUCAAUAAGCCACAGGAAGCUGUUUGCAAUGAGAUCAUAAACAUUGCAGAAAAGUCUGUUCAUUACUGCAGUACUAUUUCUCAGCCUCUUGACUCUCGCCACAAGGUGACCUCUAAUGACCAUAAAUCAUCUCUCAUCAUUUCUCAGCAACCUCAAGCACAGCAGCAAGGAGCCAGCCCUGAGCGAAGUCAAACACCACGAGACAUAGUUAGCUACCAAGCCCUCUACAGCUACACUCCUCAGAAUGAUGAUGAGCUGGAACUGAGGGACGGUGACAUUGUUGAUGUCAUGGAGAAAUGUGAUGACGGCUGGUUUGUGGGUACAUCCAGGAGAACAAGGCAAUUUGGCACCUUCCCAGGCAAUUAUGUGAAGCUUCUGUACCUGUAAAAUAACAGUGAUCCCAUCAUGACAAGGAUGGUGGGAUUCCUUUCCAGAUGGUGUUUUUAAACAGUGAAGAAACAGACAAUUUAUGAAUGUAAUAGACAAGAGAUGAGAAGUGUUAGGAGGAUGUGGUUAUGUGGUACACUAUUGAGUUGAAUGUGUAGCCCUGCUUCCAUGGAGUCAGGGUGUGAUUUGUUUGCUGAAGAAGAGACAGAUUCUAGUUUACAGUGCUGCCUUUGUGUAUUCCUCUCCCUUCCCCAGUAAGAGUUUUGAUGAUAAUCUUAAUUUGUACGGAGUACUUACCUCUGAGAAGGCUUCAGGGAAGCACAUGGUAUAGGUUUUGUUUGUGUGUUGAGAUAGGGUAGUGCUUUGGGGCAGUCCUCAACGCUGCAGCUGCUCACAUUCGUUGGCACAGGAGUUCAAGAAACAGGCUUGCUGCCCAGUUUCUGCCUUGCUGAAGACUCUUUUCUCUGCCUUCCAUUUCCAUAGAAAACCUUUCCUUCAUGUCAUACAUCUUAAGACCAGCAGAGGCAGAGGACAGCUGAUAAAAUUGAAUUGCAGAGCUCUGUGUGGAAAAGGAGUUUGGAACUGGUGGUUUAAUCCAGAGAGAUCAGCCAAAGCAUAAUGCAAAUGCGCAAAAAUCCCAAACCCUUUAAUAACGUACUACUGAUCUCUGCAGGGUUUUUUCUUUUGUGCAGGGUGUGUGUGUGUGAAUGUAUUGUGUGCAAAAUUAACUGAGUCCUGUUUUUCGAAAGAGAAAUCAGCCUAGCUUUGACGUUUAUCUGCACAAAGAAUAGAACCAAUAAACAGAAUAUCCAUGAGGGCAAAUGCUGUUUAUGAGUCCUAUGGCUGUUCACUUUCUCUGCUCCUCUUGCCCUGUCGCUGGCCCUAAAGGAUCACACACCUUUUCCAGUAUAUGCUUUGGGAUGAAAUGCUGGGACUUCUUUCCAAGCAUUAAAUCUUAGAGGCUCUGAUAAAUCUGAGCCAUGUAUCACUGAGGGUGCCUUUUUUUUUUUCAUUUUGGUCACAGUGUUGAUGGUAGGUCAAAUAAAUACAUGCAUUUUGGCUGCCUCUUAGUCAUACAAAAAAGUCUAAUCAAUUUGGAAAGCUGUUCCCAGCAGUUAUUACCAGUUACAUAGAUUUGUAUUUCCUUGAGGGGAAAAAAAACCCAUGGCUUGGCUGUAUGUUUGCCUGUAAAUCCACUAUGAAUACUCUUUUGAUAGACUUUUUGUUAUUAAGAAAAAGCAUAAACAAAACCAGUUCUAUCAGACUCUGCUUCCUACAAUUGCCGUACAAAUAGCAAAGAGUAGAUUGCUAUUUUGUCAUAAGCCGUAUUUAAUAAUAUAAAAUGCCUAUUUUUAUGCUGAUGCUUUUAUACAGAUUUAUUAAGAGUAAACUACAACUAACUGUUAGCACGACUUGCAAUGUUUUGAUAAACUAGCCAUGCUCCUGGGUUUGAAAUCAAGUAGGCUUGUCUUCCGUUUCAGUCAGCGGAAGAGAAGACUCUGUGUCUCAGAAGUUUGACUGUAAAUAUGUAUAUUUAACUUUGUACAGACAAUGUACUUACCUUGUAUAGAGAAAUAAUUUAAACACAUUGAGUGAAGGGAGGGGAAAAAAGGCAGUUGUGAAAGGUUGGGAUUUUUUUCCACUUUAAUUUAAGUGAUGGAAUUCCAUGUAUGUUCACAUAAAGAGUUUUAGCACAAAAUAUUCAUUAUGAAAGGGUUUCAGAUAUGACACAAAGUACCACUGUUUAUUUUCUGCAGGAGGUAUCUUGAAUCCUGCAUCUUAUUUAUGGGUUAGUUGUUCUGCUUUGGGUUUGCCCUCCAGUUAUUUGCAACAAUGUUUAGUCCUGUUGGUAAGAUUGGAUAACACCAAAUAAAUCUAUCCAGCAAAGUAACAUGUUGAUAUUUAUUGUAUAUAACAUACUCAUUUAAAAGUUAAUUUUCUGUUCUUGCUCUUGCCAGUUUAAGUUAAACACAAACACACACACACACGCCACACAUAUCCACACAAACUGCAACUUCUUUUUGUGUUGAUUUUUUGUUUCUUAUUGCAGUGGAUUACUAUUUGACAAUUAAUAAAUGGAAUUAUUGAAUUACUAUUGUGUUCCUCGUACAAAUUAUUAAAUAAAAUCUACUCUGGUUGUUCCUGUA